AUGGAAACUAAUCAAAAUAGCCCAACAAAAGGUUGCAGAGUAUAUGUAGGGAACUUGCCCUGGAAAGUAACAUGGCCUAUUUUAAAGGAACACAUGAAAAAAGCAGGAGAUGUUUUAAGAGUUGACAUUUUUGAGGAUACACAAGGACGAUCAAAAGGAUGUGGGAUAGUAGAAUAUUCGUCGUGCGAAGAAGCACAAGAAGCAAUCAACCGUUUAAAUGAUUCAAAAUUAGAAGAUCGACUUAUAUUUGUUAGAGAAGAUAGAGAAGAAAAUUCAGGAAGUUUUGAAAAAAAAAGGUUUAGUAAUAUUAGAAAAGAUAAAUUCUAUGAUCCAAGAAGAAGAAGAGAUUUUGAAUAUAGAAAAGAUUUUAGGAGAGAUGAAUAUAAAAAAGAUUUUCGAAGAGAUAAUAGAAAAGAUGAAUAUAGAAAACCUAAUGAUUUUAGAAGAGGCAUUAGAAGAAAUUGCACAUUAGUAGUUUAUAAUUUACCUCCACAAAGUACAUGGAAAGAAUUAAAAGAUUUGUUUAAAAAACAUGGUCGAGUAGUAAGAGCUGAUUUAAAAAAUGAAGAAACAACAUCAAAAGAACUUACAGGAACUGUAAUUAUGGAAAGUGAUUAUGAUGCUAAAAAUGCAAUCGAUGCUCUUAAUUUUUGUAAUUUUGAUGGAUAUAUAUUAAAAGUUAAUUAUGAAAAUAACGAAUAG